CUCCUUUAAGAAUGGUAGUCGCUAUACUUGCUGAAUGUGACAUUUGAACAUUUUUGGAUACCGUAACAAACUCCCAACAUGUGAUGUGCGUUUUUUGAAUUUUAUCAAUCAGCUGUUGCAGUUCAACGUGAUUACCACUAGGUGUCGCAAUAGGCGGGUCAUCCAUAACAUUUCUCUAUCUGCUUUGUGCAACACACUAAUACCGCUGCCAGCAAAACCGUUCAGAGCUUCAUACUUCAAAUUUGGACCUGGAAACUUGCUGAAUACGUUUUUUUUUUUUUUAGAAAACUCUUGCAUUACAAUGUGAUUUAACUGUUGCAAUGCCACACGCGCACCACUAGUCGUCUACUUAAGCGGAAGUGACGUAUUUUAGUUUACAAACCAGCAGCUGUCCAUCCAGGUCAGUCAAGGAAAAAUAUUCCAUAGGAUAAAGGUGUGGUGGGAAAUUGAACGCACCAUGAAGCGGCAGCCGUUUGGGGGAGCGUUUGCGCCUUCACUGUGCGGAUCCGAGGCUGUGCGGUCUCUCCAAGAGGAGCUUGUUGCUGCCAUACAAGGAGCUUUGGAAGUGGCCAUGGAGCUCGCAGUCCAAGAGGUGAGAGCGCUCGUCGGUCAGGCGACAAGCGACAUGUAUGAAGAGCUGCGGAGGGAGAACGAGUCCCUGAGAGAGAAGCUGCAGCGAGCAGAGCGGAUGCUGGACUGUGUUCACAUGAAGGAUAAUGUCAGUGGCGCAAGGCAAAGGGACGAGGCGCUCCACCCUACCUCCUGCGGCCAAUGGCACACAAUGGCUUCAUUCGCUAGGACGGAGAUCGGAAAUGAGGCUGCAGGUCAUGGCUGUCUUGGUCCGGAUCUUCGAGGUGUGAGCAGACAUGAGGAACUGCGAUCAGAUCGUGAUAUGACGCAGAGUGACUCCGAGGCAGAAAAUAAAGAUGAGGCUGUCACUGAGAUUAUGUCUCAGUGUAUUGCAUUGAAAACAGAAGGCAUGAUCUCACCAUGUCAAAACCAACAAGCUCCUGAGUCGGCGAAACCUAUCAGUACUGUCAAGAUCAAACAAGAAGAAUUGGAUGAGGAAAAUAGAGGAGCCCCUUGCAGUUUGGACUUUAUUAAAAAGGAAAAUUUAAGCCUGGAGGGCAUCAAGUGGUCACCAGAGAUGACGGAUAUUCAGAGCCAAGACCCAAAGGAUCAUGUUCUCGGGGAAAAGGUGGAUCAAGCUCCUCCUCCAGCCAUGAGUUCCAGCCUCCCACCACCCUCAGAUCCUGAGUCAAUCUCCUCAGAGUUUCCAAACAGUUUCCAUCUGGCACAACAAGCUUCUGUAUCACAAGCUCCUCCACAGGUCCAUGGAUCCCACGUCGAGACAGCCCGCAGCGUCUCCAUCCCCACGUGCAAGUUCUGCGGUCAGACCUUCCCCGUGCCCAGCUUGUUGCGGCGACACUACGGUCAGGGCCGCCAGAGGCUCCUGCAGUGCUGUCAGCCACCCAUAGCGGGAGGUGCAAGGACCAGGCGACAGCUUUACCCCCCAGGCUGCAGCCCCUUCCGCUGCACCGUUUGCAGCCGUGAGUUCAACCGCUUGGAGAACCUGAAGACCCACCUGCGCAUCCACACUGGAGAGAGGCCAUACACCUGCUCUGUGUGCCUCAAGUGUUUCCGCCACUCAGGGGCGCUGACCCGACAUUUCCGGAUCCACACUGGGGAGAAGCCGUACGUGUGCGGGCAGUGUGGGAAGUCCUUCAGGCACUGUGGUGGACUCAAAUUCCACCAGCGCUCUCACAACAAGCACCUAGAGUAGAUUUAAAGACUGACUUCUUUUAAUACAUUCAAAUAUAAACAUCAUCUAAAGUAGAUUAAAAAGAUCAGUUUGUCAGGGUUGUAUAGGCUGUCAUCACUUGCUUGGAGAUAUACAGUACAUGUCUGAGACCUGUGUAAAAAGUACUGGCAAUCUUUCCAAGAAUCAGCAUACAGAUACAUGUCAAUAAAAUGGAAUAUGAUUGUAAAGCUGAUUUAUUUCAGUGAUUUUAUUUCAAAAAGUGAAACUCUUGUAGAUCAGUGGUCUCUAAAUGUUUUGCCAUGAGGUUCAAAAUAAAGUUGAAAACCGUUGCUUUUUUUUCAAGAAUAAAAACAGAAAUAUAAA